AUGUCAGCAGUCAACACUCAAGUCCAGCUCAGUGACGGAACUAAGCUCAACGUCUGGCUCCUUGGAGCUGAGAACAAAUCGAAACCUUUGAUUAUUUCCCUUCACGGCGCACCAGGUCUUUCAACUCACACCGAUAUCAAAGAAGGAUUCAAGUUUCUUGCAAAUGAGUUCCGUGUACUUGUCUACGAUUGCCGAGGCAGUGGAAGCAGUGACGCCAACGGUCCUUUCACUGAUGAACAAUGGAUAGCUGAUAUUGAUGAACUCCGGGCUUGGGUGGGAGAUGACAAGUUUGUCCUCGCUGGAGGCUCCUACGGAGGUUUUCUCGCCCUAAACUACGCCAUAAACUACCCCAAUCGGCUUCUAGGCUUGGUGCUUCGGAACACCUGGGCAUCUGGACCCCUCGGGACUCAUCGCGCCCUCGCAAAUAUCCUCUCAUCCCAUCGCAUCAAGCCAGAUCCUCUUCGACAGGCAAGACUCUGGUCCGGCAACCUUCGAGACAGGAAAGAUGCAGAAGAAAGUCUGGUGGAAAUAGUCAGCAUCUACACUCCUGAACGAUCCGAUGAGGAGAACUUGGAGCCUCUGCAGAUUGAAGGCGCGGGCACAGGAGAUGAGUUGCGCUGGGAGGUUCACAAUGCUGCUUUCUCUCAUUGUCAGCCUCGAUUUGACGUUCGGGGUAGACUGGGAGAGAUUAAAGUUCCAACUCUGGUGUUAGUUGGACGGCUGGAUGUUAUCUGCCCCUUUGAAGAGUCGGAUAUGAUCAGUAAGGGAAUCCCUCACAGUGAGCUUGUCGUCUUUGAGAAGUCGGCGCAUAACCCUGCGACAGACGAGCCAGAAAAGUUUCAGGAGGUCUUGUCUGGUUUCCUUGCAAAGCUGAGCUCUUAA